AUGAUCUGCUACAAAAGGAAAUUCUUUUCAAUUGAAAAGUACAACAUCUUUAUGUUAAAAGAAGGGAUCCAAAUUUCAAAUGUAAUUUUAAAAGUAUUAUCAAGGAUUAACACUCUCUAGUAGUAUAGCUUUAUUCGUUUGAACCGAAAAUCAUUUGGAUUAAAAAUGAUAAUUCUGACUUAAUCUCAUUUGAAUUGUGCCAGAACAAAAAUAAGUAGAUCUUCAAAUUUGCUCCGCAUAUUGGAAAACUAUUAAAGGAGUUUAUGAAUGGAAAGGUCUGCUUUUAGGGAAUAAAUAAUCAUUAUAAAAUUGCCUAAUAUAUCUAGAAAAGAAAUUAUGGUUCUGUAUUUAUACUUAUUCUACUUUUUUAGAUAGUUCGAAUGCGAAAUAAUUACAACGAAGAAUUAGUCACUUGCAAAAUUCUUAAAUAAGGAACAGUGGAACAAGAACAAGUAUAAUAUAUGAGUAAUAAAGGUAUUUCGAAAUGAAGUAAUUGCCCUAUAGUUUUUAAAUCAUAAAAAUAUUCCCAAGUUAAAAGAAUAUUAUAUUGAAUUGCAUCAUAACUAUAUAUUAUACGAGUUUAUAGAAGGAGCAUCUUUGGAUAAUUACAUUAAAAAGAAUAUACUUAAUAAGGAUCAAAUUUAUAAAAUAAUGAAGGUAAAUUUUUUGAAUUACCUAUAGGAUUUAUUGGCAAUAGUAUAGUAUUUACAUUAAGAAGGAUUCAGUCAUUAAAACAUAAAAUUAGAGAAUAUUUUUUAUUGUUCGAUAUUGGAUCAUAUAACUUUAAUUGAUUUCGGAUAAUCAAAAAUAAAGAAUAUAAUAAAUUUAAAACAUGUUACAUCAAUGAACACUGAAAUUACUGAAGAUUAGACAAAUAUUAAUACGGAUAGUAAUAGGGAGUUUUCCAUGGAAUAAGAUUAUAAAGAUUGCGGAAUUGUGUUUUUGCAAUUGUAAGUAAUUUUCUAUAAGUUUAAGAAUAACUCGAAAAAUAUUGAACAGUUAGGAAUUGCUAAAGCUGAAUGAAAAUGGAAUAAUUCGUUAGAUUGUUAAUGAGAUUCAUAAUUAAAAUGUCUCUAAAUUUAUUAUGAAACUUAUUAACUAUAGUAAUUUAUAAACUUUGGACAAUCUUAAUUUUACAUAGACUUUUUGUGAACCUAUAGCGUCUAUGAGAUACUGA